AUGAGCGAACUGCAGAAAUCCUUCGCCAAAGCAAAACUGGCCAAGCUCCCACCCGAGGCCCCACCGUUCUCCAUGCAUCCACCCCGCGAUGAAGACGAUUCCGAGUCUGCCUCGUCAACGGGGACCGUGGUUCCCUCGCCCAGUCGGCAGCUGUUUGCUAGGUCCCGAGGUUCUACGUGUGGGGUCAUUUUUCGUUUGUUAGCUAUACUAACACAUCCCAGAUCCAAUUCCGUUGAAACAUUGAAUUGGACCGAUUUCUUCACCCAAGAGCUCUUUCUCAUUCAAGAGACAGACUCUGCGCGCAUAACACACCAUGUAUACCUGACUCCUCCCACAAACUCGGGCCCGCUCUUCGUCAUGCAUCAUGGCGCCGGCUCGUCGGGGCUCUCGUUUGCAACUUGCGCAGAGGAGAUUCGGAAGAUCCUACCCAAGGCGGGAAUCCUCUCUAUCGACGCGCGAGAUCACGGUCAGACGUCUACAUACACGGAGACGGGAGAAGGGAAGGUCGAAUUGGAUUUAAGUCUGGAGACGCUCAAUCGGGAUUUGGUUUUCAUUGUCCGUGAGACACAGUCCAAGAUGGGCUGGGAAAGUCUACCUGACAUUGUCCUUGUGGGACAUAGUCUGGGUGGUGCAGUCAUCACAGAUGUGGCGAAGAAGGGAGAGUUGGGUCCGAAGGUGUUAGCUUAUGCUGUUUUGGAUGUUGUUGAGGGUAUGCCAUUCUUGCAGAAGAAGUCCGCUGCCGGAUCGCUGGUUGGUAGAGUGAGUGCACAUAAGUUUGCUAACUGCGGAUAA